UAAUGCCACCAUCUAUCUCUAUGACUCAGAGAACGGGCCUGAGAGAUCAUUCGCCGAGGCGAUACAGGCUAUUGCAGGCUGGCAUAGUGGCAGCCGGGCGACAUUUCUUGGCCAAUGCCCUCCUGGGUGCUUGCAGAACCUUCAGGACGCGUUUGCAGUCAGUCAAGCAAAGAAAUCUCUCUUCACUGUGGACAUUACCUGGUCGCCACCAAGCCCCAGCAACUGUUUCACGGGGAUUAAUCCGCUCAAACGUCCUUUUGCUCACGGACUCCAGCAACGGAAACGCAAUACGUAUUCGGAUUAGAAGAGUGGAAGGUUCCGAAGUAGAAGCCGUGAUAUUCCUAGGUGCCGUCUGCUGAACGCUUCCCCCGAUUCCUGGCCAGCGAAGGCAUUCAGCUACCAAUCCCCGUAGCCUGUGUAUCCCAGGAGGAGUUCAGGGCGAAGAGCCAGAUCAGAUCAACACUAUCACAGACAGAGUAUUGUUAUUCUCCCGAUGGGCAGGCGUACUUGUCGGAUGAAUAGGCGAGUCGGGAUCAUGUCGUCGACGCGAAGCUGCCGGUUAUCAGCUGUGUUGGUACUGCUUGUCCUCUCAGCCUGUGCAGUGCGGGAGUCAGAAUCCGGAACGUUUGGAGAGUGGACCUGUUCUGCAGGUACCACUGUUGUGUCCAGUGGUGAUUUCGUGGACUCCGAGUUUGCGCCGUUCGUCUCGCCGGAGGUGACCACCGGCCCCACGGCGUGUCAGAACAAAUACCACGCGGAUCUGGACUGUACGUACGAGUUCCGAGCGCCGGCCAAUCAUAUCGCCGUCAUAGAGUUCACCGCGGUCACCCUGGACUCGGAGUGCUCGGAGGACUUCAUCGACAUCGACCUGCAGGACGGCAUUCGACGCUUGUGCGGCGCGGCUGGUGCCACCUGGGACAUCGCCGACGGCGACACAAUCACCAUGACGUUCACGACCAGUGCGGAAAACCAGUGCUCGGGUUUUGCGGGAUUCUUCAGCUCCUUCCUCGAUCCUGCAGCAAAGAAGCGCAGACGUAGAAGUGUACCUGAGUCACCGCAGUUGAAGACAUUGACCUCAGUGGAUGUUCCCAAGCUGCGCGGCCCCAGGAGAACUGAGUACCGCUAUUCUCGGGAUGUCUUACAGUAUCUGCUAACUGUCUACCAGAAGCACCAUGCUAGGCACCUGCAGGAGUGCAGAGAGAUGAUGCAGGAGAUCUGGGAGCAUGAUCACUGUAGCAUCUGCACAUCAGAACAUGUCAAUCAAUGCUACUGCAUAGGCGAUGUCGAUGAGGAGGGCAAGGCGUAUGAUAUUCAGGACGCUGACUUGGACUUUGAAGUACAAGGCUACACGGGCCGAAGACGACGGCGUAGGGGACACAUUUUGGAGAGCAAGAUGCUUUCGGCGCCGCUGAGCCGGCACAGACGGAGCGAUCCGUGCGACUGCCGGCCAUAAUGACUUCGGGUAUGACGUCAUAUCUACAAAAUGACCUCGAGCAUGACGUCAUAGCCAUGAUGACAUCGGGGCUGACAUCGGGUAUGACGUCAUACCCACGAUGACCUGCUCCGCAUGCCUGUGGCUAUGCGGUCGUCACGGCAACCAUGUAUCCAUGGUGACCUCCGUUGACAUGGAUUUUCGCCCAGGCAGUGCAUGCCCAUGGUAGCGAGCCAAGCUAUGGCGGACCUUGUCGAAGACACUGACUACUAGUCCUAACUGGCGUGCAGUGAACAGACACAGCCAGCAGUCAAUGCACCACGCACCAGCGGAUACUCAAGUACACGGUGGAGACCGGAUGAACUGCUUUCAUCAGCUGUUGACCCAGGGGUGAGGCAGGAACUGCACUGCACGAGAAUCCCACCCACCAGGCAAUAACGUUACAAGAAUUCGAUGUGGAGAGAGACACGUUUACAAAUAAUUAUAUCACUUUCAGUCACCACCCUUGCCGAUAGGACACCACCACCAAUUUUUUAACCAGAUGUUACGCAAUCUUGAACAGUGAGCCAGAAGUUUUCUUUUCUUUAAUUAGCCUUUGUCUUGAUCUCUUGAAAUUGUCAGCUUUUAACUGUAAUGUUUGAGGUAAUCAGCCACAUAAACUUCCUAUCCACAUUAAUCUCUAAACUUACAA